CGCCCGCAUCCCCCAACAACCGACAAGGUGGAGGGCACCCUAGAGAAGUCUGAGAAGAACCACCGGUUCGAAGGGCAGCAGCAAUACCACCAGCCUCGCGGCGACAUGGCGGGCACCCAGCGGUACCUCCGCUACAUCAUCUUCGCACUCGUGUGCCUUAUUCUUCUCUUCUUCAUCUCCUCGUCUUCCUCGGUGGGCUCAACAGCUUGGCCAGGAUACAAUCCCCCAGCUGAGGGCGAGAAGUCCAAGAGCCCCCCAACCACUCCAAUCGAUGUACCAACGCUCCCUCCGGCCACCAAGUCCGGUGAUCGCAUGAAUGCUACCUUUGUCACUCUCGCCCGUAAUUCUGACAUUUGGGAAAUUGCCAAGUCCAUCCGCCAGGUUGAGGACCGGUUCAACCGCCGGUUCAACUACGACUGGGUCUUCCUUAAUGAUGACGAGUUCAACGACGAGUUCAAGAAAGUCACGACGGCAUUGGUCUCUGGCAAAACUAAAUACGGCAAGAUCCCUGUGGAGCAUUGGUCGUUCCCGGAGUUCAUCGACCAAGACCGCGCCGCCAAGGUUCGCGAGGAAAUGAAAGAAAAGAAGAUCAUUUACGGCGAUUCGAUUAGCUAUCGGCAUAUGUGUCGCUAUGAGUCCGGAUUCUUCUUCCGUCACCCCCUUAUGCUAGAUUAUGAGUGGUACUGGCGUGUAGAGCCCAGCGUCGAGCUGUACUGCGACAUCAACUACGACACCUUCAAGUACAUGGCCGACAACAAGAAGAAAUACAGCUUCACGCUCAGUUUGUAUGAAUACGUGGAGACGAUCCCUACACUCUGGGAUGCCGUAAAGAAUUUCACAGCAACUUUCCCACAGCAUGUUGCGUCUGGGAAUUCGAUGAAAUUCCUUAGCGACGACGACGGCAAGACUUACAACCACUGCCACUUUUGGUCCAACUUCGAAAUUGGCAACCUUAACUGGCUUCGCUCACCAGCCUACAUCGACUACUUCACUUCGUUGGACCAUGCCGGAGGCUUCUUCUACGAGCGCUGGGGCGAUGCACCCGUGCAUUCGAUUGCCGCCGCCCUCAUGCUCCAGAAGGAGGAAAUCCAUUUCUUCAAUGACAUCGCCUACUACCACGUCCCAUUCACGCAUUGUCCGACAGGCGAACAGUAUCGCUUAGACCACAAAUGUCACUGCAAUCCAAAGGAUAACUUUGACUGGAAUGGAUAUUCUUGCACUUCUCGAUUCUUUGAACUCAACAGCAUUCCAAAACCAGAGGGGUAUGAAAAGGAGCAAUAAAUUACAAUCACCUUCUAAUUUGCCCAAAACCCCUUGCCUUUCCUUCUCCAACUUCCAUCUCCAUCUCCAUCUCCAACCCAACACUAUUCACAACACGUCACUCUACUCGCUCUACUUGCUCGCACAAUUCCAACACUAUCUGACGUUUGCUCUCGACAUAAGUGCUCCCUUAUCCACUGGUCAAUGGGUCUGGUGGAUCAUGCGUCCGAUUCUCAUCCUCCUCGUUUUUACGGCCGCGUUGGGGA